UUUGCAAGGAGGAGAUGGCACCUGUAAGGUGGGAGCACUGCUGUGAGCAAACCAAAUCCCUGCCAAAAGCUUCACAGCGUCUUUUCAGGUGAAAAGAGCAGGAUCACAAAAUGAACCCAGUAGCUAGGAUAACAGCCUGUUUUCUGGACGCCUUCCCUGUGGUACCUGUGGCCAUGUUGUAGUCAUCCUUGGCUUUCUGCAGUUCCUCAUGGAGCUCUCGGUCGGCAUUCUGGAUCUGGGUGAGCUUUGCCUCCCGCAAGACCCCGCGAGCAUCGUCAUCGCUGACAGCUUCAUCGGGGGCUGCCUUGCCCGAGCUCCUUCCUGCCAUCCCCGCGCCCUAGAGAGGGGUGAGGACUCUCGCCUAGAGAGGUGGGUUCGGAACGGGGCUGAAGUCCGAGACCAGAGGUGGCCGUGUCUUUCCCGGCGCUUGGGAAAGCGGUGCGUCCCCUCUCCCAGCGAUGUCAGGCGGCGGGCCCGGAGCCGUGCGCGCCCACCGCCGUGGCGGCCUGCUGGCCGAGGGGCCCGGGACGGGACCGGGGGCUCGCUCAGGGGAGGCCAAGCCUUGCCGCUGCCAAGCAACGGCGACCGGGCUGCGCCUUCCGCUUCCGGGGCAGCCGGGCCGGGCCUGGCCGCCGCCAUGGGGCGGAAGAAGAAGACACUGCACGACUACGCGGCCGAGUUCUCGGAGCUGGCGGUGAAACGGCACCUCCUGGAGCGCGGCGCUGCCGGCGGGGAGGCGGCGGUGGUGGAGACGCUCUACUGCACCUCCUGCCAGCUGCCCAUGCGGGUGCGCCGCGACCGAAUCCUCGAGCACCUCGCCUCCGGCCGCCACUACCGCAACCGCCGCCUCCUCCGCCAGCACGGCCUGCGCGCCCCGCUGCUCCUCUCUGCAGGUCCAGACGUCGGCACCGGCCUGCCCCUGCAGCUCGACGCGCCCUCCCUGCUCUCCCAGCCGGCCUUCAUCCUCGCCGCCAGCGCCGGCACCAGCGCCAGCUACGGCAUGGUGCCCUCUCCCCCCUCCUGCCACAAGCCGCUGGUUUCCCACCACCCUGUUGCCGCCGGCUCCCCCACCAGCACGGCCGCCCCCAGGGAAGACCUGACACCCUCCACCUCCGCCAGCCGCUCCUCGGCGCUCGCUGCCUUCCGCAUGAGGAUCGCGCCUGCCCCCUCAAAGCAGCUUGGCCAAAGCGGUGCUGUGCCCGAGGCCUCCGAUGGCCCAGCGCCCGCCGAACGGCAUGGCACCGCCGUCGGCCUCGCCCUCUUCGGCACAGGGCUCGUUAAUAAAGCUUUGUUUCAAAGCCUGAUGGAGGAGAACGGCUGCCGCUUGCUUUACAUUGUGGUGGAUCAGCUGGAGGAGGUGGAGCGGGCCUUUGGCACCGAGUUCCUGGCUGGCACCAGGGUGCUGCGGCAGCAGGACGCCGAUGUCGCGCUCAGCGAUCAGCGAGUCUCUGGAGCCAUUAUUUGUUCACCACCUGAAGAAGCCUCUGAGAUUGUAAUAGACGCUUUACGAGCAGGAAAAGGUGUCUUUUGCGAGAGGCUGCCCAGUUUCGACAGGCAAACGGCAGAAGCUUGUUUCAAUGAAGCUGACAGAUGUGGAAGACCAUUGGUGUGUGGAUUCUACAAGCGCUUUGACCCAGCACUGCAGUUCUUGUGCAAGAAAGUCCGCGACAGCCAGGCGCUGGGGAGGAUCCACCGGAUAUCGACGAUUAGCAGCGUAUAUCCAGCAGCGUCGCUGAGCUUCCUAAAGACGUCAGGUGGAAUUUUUUAUAAUGCUGCAGUGCACGAUAUAGAUAUCAUCAGUUUGCUGUUGGGAGAGAGCGCGCCAGAUACAAUAUUUUCACUGGGGCAUGCUUUCUGUGCAGAUAUGGCCUACUUGAAGGAUGCAGACACUGUAGCGGUCAGCAUGAAAUUUCCUAGCGGAGCAAUUGUUACUUUGGACGUCAGUCAGCACUGCACUAAAAGCUGUGAUCAGAGACUAGAGGUUCACGGUUCUCAAGGAACGUUACGGGUAGAUAAUCAGAAUCCCCUGGGGAUUACAGAGCACGGGACUUCGGUAUCCAUAUAUUCACCGACCCAAGCUGAUCGCUACAGAGAUGCACACAGGGAGCUUUUCCGACACUUCCUGAGAACCCUGAAAGGCAAGGAACCCCCCGUGAUAACCAAAGAGCAGUUUCUCUGGACGAUUCAGGUCGCUGCAGCUGCUGAACAGUCCUGGAGAAACGGAUCCGCUGUUGACUUGCGCAACGAAGCAAUAGAUUCGUCUGUAAUCAAGACUGAGAUAAUGUGAUACACGCUGCUGUUCUCUGAGGUGAAGGAUAACCGUUAAGCUGGGCUACAGUGAGGUCUUUCCACCUAGUGGUGUCUCCACCGUAACCUUCAAAUAAAGACGUGUGGUUUGGACGUUUCUGCCAGGAACGCCCGGAAGACAGAGGCACUUUUGAACGAGAAGCGCUCGGCGCGGAGGCUGCGGGUGUUUAACACAUCAGCCAGAGCCCUCGAGAAGUUCUGGGCAGCUCCAUCCAGGUGGGUGUUCCUCCUGGAGAGCUCUGCUGGCCGUGGAGCUCUCUUCUCCUGGGAGAAGCCGGAUGCUCCUCGGGCCGUGGUAAGGUGCCAGCCAGGACCACCGCCAGCCGCGAUGGGAACGGCGCAGGCGGGCGGCUUUCCUGGCAGCUUCGCAAGCCAGAUGACGUAAUGCUCCAAAAAAACAUGGGAGCAUCUGUCUGGUCCGUGCUCGUUUCCCUUCAGUAUAUGCAGGAGUGCGACUUCUGCGCUGAGCUCGCCUCUGCGCCUCCUAUUUAUUGUUCUGUUGGUUUUACUGGGUUUUCUAAAUCUUCUCAAAACGAACUUGUGAUUAAUUUUCUUGGAGGGUGGGGAAAAGAAAUGCAGAGGCAGGAAGGGAGACCUGUGACCGGCCUGACGCUAGAGAGAUGAGACUUUGUAGUAAGGCCAUAAAUUAAGGCUAAUCCUUAGAGGAGCAACGCAUUUCAGUGACAAACACUGCAUUAUUAAAGGGGUUUUUCAGAAUGCAGUCUGUGAAUUUGUACAGGGGCCCUGUACAACACCUGGCCGAGCCGUGCGGCUGCUGGGUGGGAUAUUCAGCACCUGGGCUGAGCGUUGCCUGGAUUGCUCGCGGCAGCAGCAAGGCAGCUGCUUGGAGGCUGCUAUUUUCCUUGCUUAAACACAAAUGUUGUGUUUAACAUUUGAGUAGCAAAAUUGAACUAAUGAUUGUGUUCCUUGAGUGUAGGAGGGGCAUCUGAUUGCGUAUUUUAAAGGUAUUUUUUUUAAGAGUCCAGCAGAUCUGGAAUAUACACCACAGAAAAAGAUAGUGCCUUCAGCCACAGGCAAGCCUGCUUUUUAAACCAGGUCUCUGUACCUUUUUAUUCUUGUCGUGAGCUUAUUGCAGGUGUGUAGAUUUUACUGUUCUUGUCUGUUUCUCACACUCCGGUUUUCAAGAUCAUUUGAAAGCUUUUUUUUUUUAUUGUAUUAAAAUGACGUUCUUGCCUUGAGCGUUAGCUUGUAAACGACACUUCUUGCAAGAUCCUUUAGUUCAAUCAAUUUCCAAUUCCUACAUAUAGAAUAUAUAUUACUAAAACUAGAAAUAGCGGUGACAUUUAUAGCUAAAGACAAUUCUCUCGUGGAAAUUGUUUUUAACGGUGUAAUUUUUCAAACUCAGAAGAGCUGUGUCUUGACGAUAAAGAUUGCGAUCAACUCUA